UUAGUAAAUUUCACUAGUUUUUUUCCUCCUUUUUUUCAUGUUCUUCACUGUUUUGUAUUGACUUUUUUUACAGUUAAACAUCUUCUAUGAGCUACAUUUAUUUUUCUCGUUCCUGAAAGCAAUUAGUUGGUCCAAUAUAAAAAGAAAAAGAAAAGAAUUGUCCUUCUUCCAUCAAGUGGAAACUUGCCCUGGGGCAACACUCUUCUAGCCAGCUUCCACAUCUUUAAAUAGACUGCUAUUUUAAUUCAAAAGCAUAACCAAGAGCCCUGAAGGCAUGCAGCCUAGAUUUAAUGCAAGGGUCAAAUGUCCUGACAACACUCGAACAUUUACUGUCAUGUUCAUAAACAGAAAAAAAGGGUCACUUGGGUCACUUUUCCACAUCUGAAGUCCAGCCGUCUUGUGAAAGGAAGAAGAGAUGUCCUACUCAUCCAAGCUUCCCGCUUCCUGGAAUGAUGAACGACCACAUCGGAAAGUGGAAAUCGAUCUGAGCUCGCCUGGUUUGGCAGUGUUUGAGUUGGAAAGACUGCUGUUCACAGGCAAAGCCAUCAUCAGCCAUGCGGAUGAAGUGUGGCCGAGCCUUUACAUUGGGGACCAACACAGCGCAGAAAACCUUGCGGAUCUGUCCAGGCAUUGCUUCACUCACAUCCUGAAUGCAGCUCACAGUAAAAGAAAGGGGCAACCAACCAUGUACGAGCAAAUGAAGAUCACCUACAUGGGCAUCGAGGCACACGACUCCUGCAACUAUGACAUGAGCAUCAACUUUCAGGAGGCAGCAGACUUCAUUCACAGGGGACUAAACACGAGAGGGAAAGUUCUGGUGCACUGUCACGUGGGAGUCAGUCGCUCUGCCACCCUGGUGCUAGCUUACCUGAUGCUGAAGCAGAAGCUCACUCUUGUUGAGGCUAUUUGUGCUGUGAAAGACAAUCGGGGUGUGAUCCCAAACAGAGGUUUCCUCCGACAGCUCAUUAAACUGGACGGGCAGCUCUUUGGCAAACAUCAUUAAACCACGACAAACCAAUAUCUCAAGAACGUUCAAACUCCAGCAUCUGAAAUCAGUUAAUUUCUUCUGGUCUGGACUUGUGUACAAGGAUGAGAUGCUAAAAACGUACUUUUUUUUUUUCGUUGUUUAUAGUUUGACAUCUUAGAAUUUAAAAAAUAAUGUAUUUUCUGACUUACAGACAUCCAAAACUCUUUAAAAUCCCAAUGUGAGAACUCAUGAAGGCUUUUUAAGUAAUAUGUAACAAUCCACAUCUGUAACAUAAAGACACACAGUCGAUAUUUGAUCAGAGGGUGAGCAUGUUAGCUGAUCUAGUCUCUAAAUAUUUUCUGGAAUACAAUUUAUACUAUUUGUAUUUAUUUUAGAAAUGGAUACAAGUAGCAUCUAUUUCUAAAAUAGGUUAAAAAGACCCUUUUAAGCCAAUAUAUUUUCAAAUAAAAAAAAUUUGUUGUACUUCAAGAGCUGCAAAAAUGUAACCUUUGUGGGCUGCAUUUUACCUGUUUAAUAAAAUCUGGUCUCCAAACAAAUUCAA